AUGCCGUCCCUUGAUAUCAUUGACCAUUCACCCCACCAUCCGGACCCGUCGCCACCGAUCCCGACGGCGUCCAACUUGAUCCUCAUUGAUAACUACGACUCCUUCACCUGGAACGUUUACCAAUAUCUCAUCCUCGAGGGUGCCAACGUCACAGUCUUCAGAAAUGACAAAAUCACGCUUCCUGAAUUGAUUGACAAGAAGCCAACGCAACUCAUAAUCAGCCCUGGACCUGGACAUCCCGAAACUGACUCCGGCGUUAGUCGAGAUGCUAUCAAGCACUUUGCCGGUAAGAUCCCGAUCUUCGGGGUUUGUAUGGGUCAGCAGUGCAUCUUCGAUGUUUACGGGGGAGAGGUUGGUUCCGCAGGAGAAUGGCUUCACGGCAAGACGUCUCCUCUGACGCAUGAUGCCAAGGGUGUCUAUGCUGGCCUCCGUCAAGGACUUCCUGUCACUAGAUACCACUCUCUCGCUGGUACUCGCGUCACUCUCCCAAGCUGUCUGGAGGUCACUUCUUGGGUUGCCACUGCAGAUGGUUCCCCAGGCAUCAUUCAAGGCGUGCGUCACAAGGAAUACACGAUUGAGGGAGUUCAGUUUCAUCCCGAAAGUAUCCUCACCGCCGAAGGUCGCACCAUGCUCCGAAAUUUCUUGAACCUUCAGGGCGGCACCUGGGAGGAGAAUGCUCGUCUACAAAAGGGCUCUGCAACAAGCGGUGACCCCAAGGCAGCAGCUCCUGCUCCUGCUAAGAAGAACAACAUUCUACAACAAAUCUACGCCAACAGGAAAGCGUCAGUUGCUGCUCAGAAGCUUAUCCCUUCGCAAAGACCUGCGGAUCUACAGGCUGCGUAUGACCUUAAUGCCGCUCCACCUCAAAUUUCGUUCGUCGACCGCUUACGCCAGACCCCCUUUGACGUCUCCCUUAUGGCAGAGAUCAAACGAGCCUCACCCUCCAAGGGAGUCUUUGACAUUAACAUCAACGCUCCCACCCAGGCUCGGAAGUAUGCCCUCGCUGGUGCCAGUGUCAUCUCCGUCCUCACUGAGCCGGAAUGGUUCAAGGGCAGCAUAGAGGAUCUUCGUGCCGUCAGACAAGUACUGAACGGCAUGCCCAACAGACCAGCAAUUCUCCGUAAGGAGUUCAUCUUCGAGGAAUACCAGAUCCUUGAGGCAAGGCUAGCGGGUGCCGACACUGUAUUGUUGAUUGUCAAGAUGCUAGAGACAGAGUUGUUGGAGAGGUUAUACAAAUAUUCCCUAUCAUUGGGGAUGGAGCCAUUGGUGGAAGUGCAGAACGCAGAGGAAAUGACAACUGCUCUGAAGCUCGGUGCCAAGGCUAUUGGUGUUAACAACCGCAACUUGGAAAGUUUCGAGGUCGACAUGAAUACGACGAGCAGGUUGAGGAGCAUGGUACCCGAGAACACCAUCAUUUGCGCUUUAAGUGGUAUCAACAGCCACAAGGAUGUUCAGCUGUGCAAGAAGGACGGUAUCAAUGCCAUUCUAGUUGGAGAGGCCAUCGUCAGGGCCCCGGAUACUACUAAGUUCAUUAGAGAACUGUGUUCUGGAACGGACGCUGAGCCUGAGCCCGUUAAGACUCAACCGCUAUUUGUUAAGAUUUGUGGCACAAGGACCCCUGAAGCAGCACUUGAGGCCGUGAAGUCGGGUGCUGAUUUUGUCGGCAUUUGCCUGGUUCCAGGUGCCAAGCGCUGCAUAUCCGACGAGACGGCGGCGGCGAUUUCAGAAGCUGUUCACUCAUACAAGCCCUCAACCCCUCGGGCGGAGUCGAGAAUACCCGCAAAGUCUGCCACAGACUAUUACACAGCCUCCGUGUCUAGGUUAUCAAGCUCUCGCCCCCUUCUGGCUGGUAUCUUCCAGAACCAAUCCCUGGAUGAGGUGCUCGAAAAACAAAAGCGCUUCAACCUUGACAUCGUUCAGCUCCACGGCAACGAGCCGAUUGAAUGGGCUAACCUGAUUCCUGUUCCUGUCAUCCGAGCAUUCAAGCCCAACUCAAUUGGACUUGGUCUGCGUGGUUAUCAUACCAUCCCGCUGCUUGACUCCGGUGCCGGUUCUGGCAAGCUUCUCGAUGUAUCAAGCGUUAAGGACGUCCUGAAAAAGGACCCCGAGCUACAGGUUAUCCUUGCUGGCGGUCUGAACCCUGAAAACGUAAUUGAGGCAGUCAAGGCAGUGGGUGAGUUCGGUAACCGCAUUGUUGGUGUCGAUGUAAGCAGUGGUGUGGAGGAGGAUGGCAAGCAAAGCCUGGAGAAGAUCAGGACGUUUGUCAAAAAUGCUAAGGGUUUUAGGUAA